UGUGUGUGUGUGUGUGUGUGUGUGUGUGUGUGUGUGUGUGUGUGUGUGCACUGGGGAUUCCCCCGCUUGACAAAAACAGCUUACCCUUUCAGAUGUCAGCUCUUCCCCUUCUUACCUUUCAUUGCUCAUAUGCUAUCGGCCUGGAGCUCUGCUGUUACCGGAUAUUUAGACGACGGGCAGCCGUUACGACUCUUUUUUUGCUUGUUUUAACCCAUUUCACCAAGUUUGUGAUGACUGUACCUCGUUUUAAAGCUUUUUUAACACUUUUUUUUUAACAGUCUAUAAUCGAUUUUUUUUUUUUUUUUUUUUUUUUCUUUAAAUAAAACUGGAGGUCCGUAGCUGGAUGGUAAUGUAUUAUCGGUCAGUGGAAUGAAACGCAGCGGCUCACUCCUCUGGUUUCACAAAGGAGCGGUGGUUUCCUCAGGUGUCAGCACUCUAUCCUCGGAGUCCGGUCACAUCACCGAGCACCGGGCGGCGACAACAACCCCGAGAAGCCUCUAAGUACUCUGGGAAGGAGGGAGGGGGAAACCCAGCGAGGCCAGCACCAGCACCAGCACCCGCUAUGGCGUCGGACGACUGUAGUAAAGAUGACUUGCUGGAAUUCGCAGGAGAGAACCGCACAGACUCGGGCAUUGACUCGUACCGCUCCAUGCUGAAGUCGGAGGAGCCCCGGGAUCCCGGCACGGACAUCAGCGGGCCGAGGGAGAAGUUCUCCACCGUGGAGGAGCGCCUGGAUUCUGCCUACGGCUCCUCGUCCAUCACGGGGGAGAGUCUGACAGAGUUAGUGGAGAGCUGCACGCUUUCCGGCGACCAGGAGGAGCAAACACACAGCUCUGAACUCUCUGAACAGGAGGAGAACUUGCUCACAACUAUUACUGAAGAGGGAGACACAUUCCUGCACUUAGCAAUCAUCCAUGAAGACGAUAUCAUCAUUCAGCACUUGAUAGAGCUAUUCCCAAAAGAAGUCCUGGACAUCCAAAACAAUUUAUACCAGAGCCCUUUGCACCUGGCCACCUAUCUGAACCUGACAGAUGUGGUGAGGAGCCUGGUGGAGAAAGGGGCCAGCCUGGAGCUGCAGGACCAGGAUGGGAACACAGCGCUCCACGUGGCCUGCCAGCACGGACAGACAGAUUGUGCCAGAGAGAUGACCAAAGAUGUUUCCCCUAGCAAACUGGCGCCGAUCCUUGAGACCCAGAACUGGAGAGGUCUUGCCUGUCUCCACUUGGCUGCACUGAACAGGCAACAUCAGAUUAUGAAGCUCCUGAUGAAAAAGGGAGCGGACCUGAAUAUCCAGGAAGGAACCAGUGGGAAAACAGCUCUUCACCUCGGCGUGGAGCUGCAUGACAUCAAAUCAGUGCGUCUGCUGCUCAGCAGGGGAGCCAAUGUGGACGCUACCAUGUUUAACGGCUGCACACCCCUGCAUCUCGCAGUGGGGAGGCAGGACGCCACCAUCGCCAACCUCCUCUGCCAGUCUGGCGCCGACACAAUGCUGCGAAAUAUGGAGGACGAGACGGCACUGGAUCUGGCUGAUGGCAAUGAUGAUAUUCUGGCUCUAUUUCCUUUUGAUGACAUCCAGAUAUCUGGGAGGUCUGUGGUCGGUGUGAAGUUCUGAGCUGAAUCAUAGGCUGAAUAAGAUUUUUGAAAUUGUCUUGAGCUUCACUGCGGCCGGAAUUGUUCUGAAAUAGCUGUAUUUGCGCUGUUUUUAUUGAAUAGUGCCUUUAUUUGUAGUACACUCUGAUUUGAUCUAUAUUUAUCUAUUGUGUAGACAAAUAUGCGCACCGUAUAAAUCCUAGUUCCCUCUGACAAAGAGUGAUUCUGCUUAAUUGAGCACUGAUAAAACAAAUCAAUGUUUCUGAGUCAUUGGCUCAAUUGUUUUGCAAACUUUCUAUCAGCAUGUUCAGUGUCCAUAAAAAAAUUCUACCUCUUCAUCAUAUUAAUCUAGUUUUAAUGGCUAGAGAAGGAACAUGCAAAUUGCUUUGUUUCAAAGUUUCUCAAACUUUAUCAGUGCUGACUGCCUUUGUAUAGUUAUGGAAGUACAAUAUGUUUCUGUGUCUGAAACUCUGGGAAUGUGACCUUUCAUCGCGCCCUCAAAGAAGGCUUUUUGAGGAGUGUAAUCACAGGUCCGAAAAACACCUGCAGUCCAGAGAAGACAAACUAAUUACACCCCUGCUUUUUCUUAGAAAACUGAUAACCCACUUAUCUUUAAUAAAACAUAAAAUGCAGCUUCAUCUUUCUGAUCUUUUAGGAUCUUUUGUGAAACAGGUUUCUCUAUUUAUCUCAUUGUAGCCAUCAUCUGCAGAAAUCUGGUCUUUGGUGUGUAAUUACAUUGGCUUGUCUAGUUAACAUAAGCAGUUCAUUUAUUUUGUAAUAAAAUGGGAAAAAAAACGAA